AUGUUUGAAUUUAAAAAAAUAUUAUUUUUUCCUAAAGUGCUAUUUGAAUAUUCACAGAAAUUAGAUCAGCCAUGUGCCUCAAGAAUCCUUGAGCUAGAAGAAUUUUUAGAAAACGAUGACAAUAAUGAUUUUGCUACUCGGUAUGGACAUAGCAGUGACUUUCAUCUCAGUGAUGCUCUGUGGACAUGUUCCAAUAUGUUUUCCUCAAGUACUCAGAAAAUUGGACAUAAGCGUGUACUAUUGUUCACUAACAAUGACGACCCUCAUGCUGAUAACAUCCCACUACAGAGACAAGCCAAGACCAAGGCCAAGGACUUACAUGAGCUUGGGAUUGACCUAGAUCUCAUGCAUAUGCAGUCACCCGGGAAACCAUUUGAUAUAAAAAAGUUUUAUCAGGAUGUUAUUUUCAUGCCUGACGAUGAGGAUCUUGGCGUUCUACCAGACCCUGUUGAGAAAUUUGAAGAGCUGUUAACCCGAGUACGCACAAAGGAUCACAAGAAGCGGUCAAUGGGACGCGUGUCAUUUAAACUCGGUGACGGAAUGGAAAUGGGAGUAUCUUUGUAUAAUCUUGUUCGUUCCAUGCCCAAACCUACAGCAGUUAAUCUAGAUAAGAGAACCAAUGAAACAGUGAAAACUAAGACUUCACGCUAUUGUGAGGAUACUGGUGAAGUUUUAAUGCCCUCCGAUAUCAAGAAGUUUCAGACAUUUGGAGGUCGAAGGAUAAUAUUUGAUGCCGAUGAAGUCACAGAAAUCAAGAAAUUUGAUCAACCAGGUCUCCUGCUGAUGGGAUUCAAACCUCGGUCUAGUUUGAAGCGUUACUACCACGUAAGAGCCGCUCAGUUUAUUCACCCCGAUGAGAGCAGCGUGAGUGGAAGCACUACGCUAUUUGCGGCUCUGCUCAAGAAAUGUCUGGCAAGAGACGUUGUAGCAAUAUGUAGGUUUAUCCCAAGGAAGAAUUCACCACCUCGCUUUGUUGCCUUAUUGCCACAGGAUGAAGAAUUGGAUGAUCAUAAGAUACAGGUGACACCUGCUGGUUUUCAUGUUAUUUUUCUGCCAUUCUGUGAUGAUCUGAGAAAACUGAACUAUCCAUCAGCACCAAGAGCUAACACAGACCAGGUGGACAAAGCUAAGGAAAUAGUGAAAAAGCUACAGUUUACUUACAAGAGUGAAGCAUUCGAGAAUCCCUAUCUGCAGACUCACUAUAGAAAUUUGGAAGCUUUGGCACUAGAUCGAGAUAUUCCAGAUGAUGUACCAGAUUACACCGAACCUGACACUGAACGAAUCAAGAAGAGGGCUGGCAAACUGAUUGGCGAGUUCAAAGACUUGGUCUUUCCUGAUGGCUAUGAUCCAGAUGCAACACCAGCUAAGAGAAAGGCGGCUGUUGGUGGAGGUGCCCCUGCUAAGAAGGCAAGAGUUGUCAGUGAUAUCAACUUUGAGGAAGAAGCAAAAGCCGGCAGGCUUGGUAAGCUGACAGUGAUAGUACUGAAAGAAUUCUGUAAAUGCAAUGGUUUGUCAUCAGUUGGUAAGAAGCAGGAUCUUAUUGAAACCAUUAGUCAACACUUUGGUGUUUAAAUUCUUGUAACCAUAGUAAUUUGUUUUAAUUGUUUUUUUUUUGUAAGACUUAUCAUUUUUUAUCACUACAGUAACUAGUUAAAUAUUGAUAUUACAAAUUCGUAAUGUAGUGUUGUGUCAAUAGGGGAAAAUAUGUAAAUUUUUAGCCCCGACUUGUAGAUUGACCUCCGUAGAUUGAUUGAGUCUCAAACAUGCCUGGACCGAUCAGAUUGACCUACGUGGAUUGAGUCUCAAACAUGCCUGGACCGAUCAGAUUGACCUCCGUGGAUUGAGUCUCAAACAUGCCUGGACCGAUCAGAUUGACCUCCGUAGGAUUGAGUCUCAAACAUG